CAUACCUGUGGUUUGUAGCAGGAAGAGACACAUACGCUAUCGUUGUGCAUAAGUAACGAGAGCAAACGGCAACUGUAUGUAACGUUGCCGCUUCAUCUGUCCUAAUCGCAAAAUAGCGCGACGAUAGCAGCAUACGCUCCGCAAUAUAUAAGUGUUGCGCGGCAUAUCGCUGCAGAAGAUAAGGGCUUGCGAGUCUGUGGCAUAAACAAAAUAAUUGUAACUCCCUUGCAAGCAGCUCAUUCAAGAUGGCAAGUGGGCAGAAGGCAAUAAUGAUGUGUGAGAGGCCAGGACCUUCACACUUGGAUGCAAGCCCUGCUCCCAAGCCCUUCUUGCCUUCAUCGUCGACAUUGGGCUUGGAACCGCUUGGGCUAGUUCCAGCUCAUAAGCAAGAAUACCCUCCAAGUGUGGCUCCGAAGCCACCCAGCAUCACCGUCAAAGACCGUGCCCGUGUGCGGGAAAUGGAGGACGAGAACCGGCAAGCAGCACUGCGGGAGGAGGAACGGCGCCAAGCGGAAGCGGCGAAACUGGAAAGCUUGGCGACGUUUAGCGCCCAUCUGCGGUCCGCCAUCCUCACCGGGGAGGACGUGGGCUUCUGGCGCGCCACACGACAACCGCAAACGCAAACGCAGCAGCAGCAACCGUCAUGUCAGCAAGCGGCCGCCUCAGAUGGCCCCAGCAGCACACAGCAGCAGCAGCCCUCUUCUUUCGCGCAACAGCAGCAGCAGCCGGCUGCCUGCUCCAAACCAGCGCAGCCCGAGCAACAAGUCAACUGCAGUAGCUCCACCACUAGCGCUGCAGCAGCAGUGGGGACAGCAGCAGCUGCAGCUAGCAGCUGCGGCAACACCACCGGUGAUAGCGCGGCUAGGUUGCGGUACGACAACAAGACGGCCAUGCAAUCCUUCGUGGACGAAGUACUUCGAGAAGCCACUGGGGUCCUCCAGCAGCAACAGCAGCAGCAGCAACAAGGGUCAACAGCAGCAGCAGCGGCAGCAGCAGCAGGGUCUUCUUCUUCUUCGCCCACGCAAGCAGCCGCCGCAGCACAGGAGCUGUUGCAGCAGCUGCACCAACAGAAGCAGCAACAACGGCUGGCCGCCACGGGCGACGGCAGCAGCUGCACCGCCUGCAACGCAACCACAUCUGCUGCAGCUGCCGCCGGGAAAGCAGCGGGUACUAGCACCGGCAGCCGACCAGGAACGAGUGUGCGACCUGCGGACGGAGGUGGAGGCGGAAGUGGGACGCAGGUCGGAAGCGCGGGAGGCAGCAGGCGGGUUCGCAUCGCCGGCGGCACGGGUGGCGGUGGCGGGGGGAGCAGUAAGCCUGCCUGGGCGUUGAGCAGUAGCGAGGUGGCGGAGAUGGAGGCCGCGGAGGAGGAGGAGCUGCUCAAGUUUGCUGACGAGCUGGACUUUGAUUCGUUCAUGGCGGCGCUGGAUGAUGCGGAGCUGCAGGAAAGCGUCCGAGCCCUGAGCAACGCCGUCACUGGCGGCGACGGCGGCGGCGACGUCUCCUCCACCGCCGCCACCGUCGGCAGCAGCGCCGCUCCGACGGACAAGCGGGCGCUGCGUCAGCAGCUGGUUCGGGCCAUGAACCACGUGGCCAUGCGGCGGGUGGCAGCUGCCAGGAGGGCUGGCGGAGCAGCAGCAGGAGGAGGAGGGGCAGGCGGGGAGGCAGCGGCGGGCGGGGCGGAUGAUGAUGUGCUGUCGCUGGCCGCCGGCAGGUCGGAGGGAGCAGCUAGCGGAAACACAGCCGCCAGCCGUGCAAGGGCUGAAGCCGCCGCCGCCAAGCGCGCCGCGCUCUCCGGCGGCGACCUGGGGGGUGGGCCCGGCGCCUGGGACUGCUCCUCGCGUGCCUCCGCGGAGGAUGUGGGUCGAAUGGAGCGGGCGCGGGUGGCCGCGGCGGAGGCGGCGGAGUUCUUGCGGGAGAACCCGGAGAUGCGGGCGGUGCACUCGCCGGCUAGCGUGAGGGCGAUGAUUGGGAAGACGGAGGGAGCGGGGGCGGCGUAGGGUGUGUUUGGCACUCCUUAGGAAUUCAAGGGAGGGGGAUAGCGGAGGCGGGUGGGGAUGGGUGGGAGGCGGGAGGGUGUGUGGGAGUGUCGAUGAGGGUCGGGUACGAUUCGUGGUGUUGGGGGCUGUCUCGGGCGCUGCUAUGCUGGUUUGGUGGGGUGCAGGCGGGCGCAGGGGGUGGGUGCGCGGGAGCUUCAUGGUUGUAGCAGGAAAAGAGCAGACUGUAAUGUAUUGGGUCAGGGAACAAGGGGGGUCGAGGAAAUUUUACGUAGUUGGGCUCAGUGCUUUGCAUGCGCGGGUGCAGUGGUGGGGGGAGAACUGAAUGUGGGCUUGGUGGCAUGGCUACCGGGCUUGCUGCACCCAGGAAGGAGUGAAACCCGGUGUUGUUGGUAACUGCAGUGCUCGCGGGCGGCUGUGCAGGUGCUAAUGGCUGCUUGCUGCUAGACAUGCAGUUGGGAGGCUGAUGCGUGCAGGAUGCAGGGGUCAUCUGGAAGUGCUGAAACAUUGCAUAGGGGGGCCGAGUCCGGACAUCUGGGUGCGCAGGGCGUGCGUGCGUGCGUCCUCGCGGCGCGUGAACGAACCUUCACAAUAGUGCAUGUGCAAGUCACGUGUCUUAA